GUCAUUACGUCCUCGGGAUCCUGGAACGUGCUCGGAGUGAGACCUCCUCCUCAGAAACAACACUCACAAACAGCGUCGUUACCGGAGGAAGUGGACGGUUAACGGGGAUCUAACGGACAUUUCUGACCGCGGGGCUGUGUGUCAUCGUGUCCUGUGACAUCAAGAUGAUGGAGGAGUUGAACCAGGAGGUGAAGCUGAAGAACCAGUUGAAGGAGGAGAAGAUCCAGCUGUGGAAUCCUCCGUACACCGUCGACGACAACCAGCCGGGAACGCAGCACAUGCAGGAGCUGGCCGAGCGGUACGCCCCUCUGCUGUGUCUCCCGCUGGCGGAGGUAGGAGGCGCUCUGGAGGCGAUCAGACUGCAGGCAGUGAGGAGAGGAAGAGGAAACAAGACGUUCAGGGAGACGAAGGUGGCCACGCUGGAGCUGCUGCUGCCCAGAGACAGCAAGAAGGAUCCAAAGAACAAGAAACACCUGGAGACCAGGCUGGAUGUGUUAGUUCAGGAGGUGGUGGACAGGGUCACAGAGGAAUACGGUCUGAAAUCCAUAAAGCUGAUCCUCAACGGGAAAACUCUGUCUGUAGACCAGCGUCUGGACCAGCAGGGUGUGAAGAACCACAGUAAGAUGAUGGUUCUGAAGGUCAGUGACAACGAGCUGAAACAGCAGCUGAGUGAGGAAGAGGAGAGGACGAAGAACCAGAAUGAGAGUGUGAAGAGGACCCAGAAAGGAUUCCAGAUCCUAUCAGAGAGAGACGGCAGUGAAGACCCAGACACUACUCCUUUCCUGGAGAUCGCUGACCAGAAGGGAAACCCACUGAACAUCCCCCACAAGGAGAAGAAGGCUCUGAUCCUGGCCAUGGGUUUCCACGAGAAGGGUCGGUCUCUGAUGAAGAAGAAGCAGUUUGACAACGCUCUGUGUCACCUGCUGCAGGCCGACCAGCAGUUCAGUAAGUGCGGCUCGGCUCUGCUCAGCUCGGUGGAUAACUUCGCCGUCCUGCAGCUGGACAUCGUGUGGUGCUACCGCGCUCUGGAGGCUCUGUCCUGUCUGGACGACGGGAAGAGUCGCCUGCAGAGGGCCGAGGACUGUUUCCUGCAGUGUUACGGAGAGCAGCAGCAGAGGCUGCGCAUGAUCAAGGGUAACACGGGCAGAGAGGAGGUGUUGUUUCUCCGGCUGUACCUCCUCCAGAGUCUCCUCUCCUACAUCGAAGGAAACGACGCUCAGGCCCGACACCAGCUGUCCAAAGUGGAGUCUCUGUACAGCCGUCUGUCUCUGGACUCAGAGAAGAUGACUCAGCUGAUGACUCUGGGUUUCACUGAGAGAGAAGCUCGCCUCGGCCUCAGAGCGUGUCAGGGAGACCUGCAGGAGGCCGCCAUCCACAUCAGCAACCAGAGACAGGAGCGAGAGGAGCUGAAGCAGAGGGAGAGGAGGAAGAGGAGCAGGAGGAUGGAGGUCAUCUCCACACUCACAGAGCUGGGAUUCUCCAGGACAGACGCCGCCAGAGCGCUGCACCACGCUGACGGAGACGUGGACAAAGCUUACGAGAUCCUCCUGGACUCCAGUCAGGCUGCUCUGGCCACCAACAACAACACAGAGGGGGUCGGAGAGCAGAAGGUGGAGCAGCUGCUGUACCUGGGCUUCGACAGGGGCGUGUCCGAAGCGGCUCUCAGGCUGACCGGCGGAGACGUCCAAUCAGCCACUCAGCUGCUGCUGGACAACCAGGGCGUCCUCUCCCCGGAGCUCCUGUCUGCGUCCCCACCCUCCACCUCCUCCUCCUCCUCCCCCUCCUCCGAGGAGCCCAGCACCUCCUCCAGCUCCACAGCGGACGUGGAGUUGGUGAACGAGGUGUUGGAGGACAUCUCGCGUCACGAGGAGGAUUAUCUGGACCUGACGCUGGAGGAGGAGAGCGAGCUCAUCGCCACCAUGAAGACCUACCUGAGCCGAGGACACACCGUGUGACACUCAGUCCCACUCAGAGACUGCACGCUGCCAAACCAUGAGACAGCACACAGGCACUCCGGCUCACAAAUAAUGAGUCGCAUUUUAUUUUGAAAGUGUUGAACCAGAACUUUAAUUUGUGACACUAAAAUGUUGUUGAAAGCUUCUUCAGCUGGAACAAAGCAGAACUUUUCAGACUGAUUGCUGUUUCUUCUUAUUUUCUCUCUGAAUGGAUAAAUAUUGUUUCUGUUUCUGUUUUCUAAAUGAAAUCACUGGUUGUCUGACCGUUUGUGGAACAAACCAAAGGAAGUUGUUGUGUUUUAAAGACAGCAAUACGUUUUCUCUCUGUGUCUAAACUGAUUUAAAGUGAAACUUUAUUUAAAUUCAUUUAUGUUAACGUUGAGUUCCCUGUGAUUGUCUCAUGUUGAUGGAGCCAAUAAAGAAAAUGAAGGUUUA